AUGGUGUACAUGGGUGUAUCGAUAAUGAACGGAAUAUACGGAACACAGACACUAGGUCUACUGCUACUUCUAAUGAUGGCCUUAGUCUUGGCAUUCGUGUUCACCACUAUACUGGUCGCAGUCGUACUCGUAAACCCCAAUCCUGGAGCAGUUCUGGCUACAUACGUUGCUUGUAUGUUGGUUAUAUGUUCGGGUCGCCUGGGUCCCAUGGGCGUCGGUGGAUCGAUCUCACUGAACUUCAUAAUCAUGCUUGCUUCGUUCAUAUUCUUCUAUUUGUACGACUACGCACUACAUGGCCUGCAUGCAUCCAUACCCCUGGCAGACCUGGCAAAUAGCGCACUCCUCGCUGAUCACGGAACACCUCUUCCCAUACCUGAAUUGGUCGAUAUGCUACAAAUACAAUUCACCGCAGCUGUAGGUGCGGUCUUUAGCUUCACCAUACCAGCUAACAUCAGUACCACGCUUGCCGGUAGUACAUGCAGUGUAAGUGUAUCAGACGAUACUUUAGACAUCUUGGUGGAACCCGGGUGGUGGGUCAUUGAUAACAUUCCGUGGCGCGGUGAUAAUGCAGUCAUAGCUGCUUCGGGGCCCAUGAUGUGGAUGGUAGUGGUUGGUCUCUCGAUAUACUUAGCAGUCCACUUAGUACCGCCCUACUACAGUGCCAACCGAGAAAUCCGAGACAUACUUGGGCCUAUCGAAACACCUUCGUACCAUGAAGGGCAAGACAUUGUAUCACUCGAUGAACAGACAACGAGAGAAGGACGGGGAUCUGAAGACAAACCAAGUUCCAAUGACUUUGACGCCCACUUUUAUGCAGCCUAUAGAGCUAAGCAUCUGGCGUCGUCUCCCGUAGGUCUUUUAUUGGGCCAAGCCGUACGGUCGGCACUGACCAGCACCGACGCACUGCUCAACUCGGCAGCCAAUGGCGAGCCACACUGGUUUUCGCCGUGUGUGUUUGUGCGUACUCACGACGAGAUGAGGGCUGUAGAUACAAGGGUGGGUCAACUGGCUGCAUCAGUCAUACUGUAUAAUAUGUACUUCAGUGAAAGGAACCCUAUGGAGCUCAACAAUCCCCCUGAGCUGGCACAAGCCAAAGAGCGUCUGGUGACCACAGCCCGGCAAGAUGGUCGACGAGUGCGGGAGAAGCAUCUGCACAAUACCUACCUUGUUCAACAAGGCUCUACUAAGCACGCUUAA